UGUUCCUCCUUAAAUUUAACAUUUUCAUGCUAUACAAACAGUUUUCUUGUUUUUAUCUAAGCUAGAAUCAGUUCAAGUACUUACUCAUGCAAAUUGUCUGCAUUGACAUGUAAUUCUUGUUUAAAUGGGUCGAGAAAAAUUGGUUUGGUUGAUUUUGCAUACUUGGGUUUUCCUUGUUCUUAGUUUUAAAGUUCAUUGUGAUGGCUCAGAGAUUUCUUUGAAGUUAUUGAAUACUCCUCGCGUAUUCUCAAACAGAAAUUUUGCUAAAUUUGCUUUUCAAGUUUUGGUUGGUGGCAAUGGAAGCAUUUGUGCGGACUGCUCCACCCGUUGCAAGCUGGAUGAUUUCAUGCCUGCAGUUUGUGAAGGUGGAGAAAUUGUUUACACACGGUUGCUUGAUGGAAAUCAUACUUUUGAAGUUUGCACCAACGGAACUCUUGGAGUUGGAUGUGCUCACUAUAACUGGACUGUUGACACCAUUCCCCCCACAGCCUACAUUACCACACCAACAACUUUUACAAAUGCUUCCAAUGUUUCAGUAGACAUAACUUUCAGUGAGCCAUGUUGGAGCCAAGGUGGUUUUGGAUGCUCUUCCACGAAUUCCUGCAAUCUUCUCGUUUAUGGAGCUGGACAGGUCGUGCCAAACACAGUCAAUGUUAUUGAGCCAGACCUUAAAUUUUCUGUUGUCGUGAGUCUAUCUACACGUGAUUAUGGAAGAACAGUCUUGGUAAUGGAUAAAAACUUCUGUUCAGACCCUGCUGGAAACAAAUUUACAAGGACAGAAAAUUCAAGUUUAUUUAUACAUUUUGAUAGAAGGACGGUGUCCGUUGACAUAAGGACUUAUAUACCUGAAAGGCUACUUCAAAUUGACAGUGAAACGAGAACCGUGCUAGCAACAAAUACUACUGAGAACAUGGAGGUGUAUUUGUACUUUACAGAACCUAUUUCCAACUCAUCUACAGAAAUUUUGAAUUCCCUGAGCAUAAGUCAGGGAUUGCUUACGCCCAUUAGUGGAAAUAGCCUUGGAGAACGUAGAUUUGGCUUUCAGGUUAGAGGUAUAUCACAGACAGCCAUAGUGACGUUGAGCCUAAGAUCGAACUUAAUAUUGAGCAGACAGGGAACCUCCAUUGCUCCUGUAACUCCAGUUACUUUCCUAUAUGAUAUGCAACGGCCUGCUGUCAGGUUGAGCACAACAUCUAGGAUGAGGACCUGUGAAGAGCAAAUUCGUGUACUGAUAAAGUUCGUAGAGCCAGUGUUUGGCUUUAAUUCUUCUCAUGUAUCCAUCUAUGGAGGAAAUUUGCAGAGCUUUCAAGAAAUGAGUAGAAGCAUGUACGUUGUCAAUAUACAAGCCAGAGAUGAUUUUGUUUCUGUGACCAUCCCUGAAAAUGUAACUAGCGAUGUUGCUGGAAAUGGGAAUCUGCAAUCUAAUAUUCUCAGGCUCAAGCACUAUACUGUACCAACGAUAUCUCAAGUGCUUUCAAUCUUUGCAACUGCUGCUUUCGUGGUUACGUCUUUUGCAGCAGGGCUCCUCACUGUUUCAACUGCAAGCCUCCAAUCUGUUGGUGCAUGCAUAAGAGCAAGCUCUUUAAUGACAUCUGAUCCUGCUAGAAAUCUUUUUAGAAUAGCUUGUCACAUACAGGUUUUUGCAUUGGCAAGAUGGUUGCCAGUUACCUUGCCAGUUGAAUACUAUGAAUUUGCUAGAGGCCUGCAAUGGAGUGUUCCCUACUUCAGUCUCCCAUGGGAAACUGGAAGCAUGCAUCCAUUCAUGAUGGGACCGGGUUCCCCAACAAACCCUCAUUCAUACAGCUCUAAAAUUCAUGAUUUUGGAACAAAAACAGACAAAUACAAUGUGAAGAAAGCUGCAGCAUUAAGUGGGUUGCCACUUAGUCCUAUGGAAUAUAGAUCAUUCUUCCAGAGCCAGAAUCUUCUUCCGGAAGCUCAGUAUCUCGUGGAUCAACAAUAUUCUAAUGGGUGGAGGAAUUUCAACAGAAGCAUGUUCUGGUUAGCCAUUAUUGGAGGCAGCUUGAUAUUGCUACAUGCUUUUCUGCUUUUUGUUUUAAAACUAAGAAAGGACAGAGAAAAAAAGUGGAGCUAUGGAGCCUUGGUCUUUCCAAGAUUUGAGAUCUUUCUUGCAUUUCUGGCUAUACCUUGCAUUUGCAAAGCCUCGGUAAAUAUUGUUAAAGGAGGAACAUCUGCAGGAAUUGCUGUUGGAAUUCUGUUGUUGGGUUUAGUAUCAUUUCUCUUGUUAGCAUUGUUUUUGUUCCUCUCUAUUGGAAUUACAUUGGGGAAGCUACUUCAGUAUAAGGAGGUACACCAAGUAGGGCAGAAAUUCCAUUGGUAUGAAGAAUUAGUUCGAGUUACCCUAGGUCCUGGUAAAAGAGGUCAGUGGACAUGGAAAACAUCACGUGAUUCUACAUAUCUAAUCAUGUUCGGACCUCUUUUUGAGGAUCUAAGGGGUCCACCAAAGUAUAUGCUCUCGCAAAUUGCUGGAGGAAAUCUUAAUAAGCAUCGUGACAAAGUCAUUGCAACAGACGAUGAGAACGAAGAUGCAGAAGCACCUUUUAUCCAAAAGGUGUUUGGGAUUCUAAGAAUAUACUUCACAUUUUUUGAAUUUGUGAAGCGUGUUUGUCUUGGAAUUGUGGCUGGUACUUAUUUGAAGAACUCUUCUUCAAAAACUCCCAUAGUUGCCCUGCUUAGCAUCACUUCUUUCCAGCUAUUCUUUAUGGUUCUGAAGAAGCCUUUCAUUAAAAAAAAGGUUCAGCUUGUUGAAAUCAUCUCAGUUGCCUCUGAAGUAGGUAUUUUUGCUGCUUGCAUUGUUCUCGUAGACAGAGAUUCAGCAAGAAAUGAUAUAAAAAUUGGAAUCGCUAUGCUUGUACUUUUCUUUGUAGCAUUUUUAUCUCAGCUGGUAAAUGAAUGGUAUGCAUUAUACAGACAGACAAAGCGACUCGGUCCUGAUGACAAGUCUUUCUGCUCUGGUCUGAAAGCAGCAUCAGUUGGAUUCCUCUUGUUUUUCAUUCCUCAAAGAUUGAUCAGAAAGCUCGAGAGUGGGUCUGCACUGUUAGAUCGUCCACUAAAGGAAAAUGGGGACAUUACUACUGCUGCUGACAGGAAUAGGAGUACUUCUUCUGCUGACAGGAAUAGGAGUUCUGGUAGUAGAAGUUCAGGUGAUAAAACAUGGCUGAGGCAAUUCAGAGAACUAGCAAAGUCCAGCUUUAGUAAAGACAGUAAUACAACUCCAAGUGAUCCCUCAACGAGUCAUGUUGGAUGGAGUGGAUUCUGGAACCCUAAUGGGAGCUCAUCUAAAGAAGAUUCAUCAGCAGACUUCAAGUCAAAACCAACAGGAUUGUACAAGGAUUUAGAAGCUAUUUUUGCUUCCAAGUCAUAGACAUCUUAUUCAUACAACAAUGGAGUAGCAUAUUCUGGCUUUACUGGUUACUUGACUGCAAAAGCAGGUUCUGUGGAUUCAACUGAACCUGUUGCUUUCAAUUCGAACUAUGUAACUAUAUAUUUGUAUGAAAAAAAAAAAUGUAUACAUAUAAAUAUAUAAUAAGAUUACACUUGUUUUGAACUCACUGACUUUAGGUCCUUGAUUCACCUCUGCUUAAGUUGCACCUGAGCUUAUGUAUUUAUAUCUUGGAUUGGAUUUGCCGCUGC